AUGAAGUUCGGACGCAGUCUACCGCGCAACCAAGUCCCCGAGUGGGCAUCUUCUUAUAUCAACUACAAGGGCUUGAAGAAGUUGAUCAAGGCCGCUGCCGAGACGGCCAAAGCCGGCGAGAGGGUUGAUCUAGCAGAGUUCUUCUUCGCUCUGGACCGCAACCUGGAGGAUGUCGACUCCUUCUACAACAAGAAGUUUGGCGAGGCCCAUCGCCGCCUCAAGCUACUCCAGGAUCGAUACGGCAGUAGCCCGGAUGUCGUGGCCGAUCUCGACGACCAGGAGUCGGAAGAGCUGAUGGGAGCUCUGCUCGAGCUGCGGAACCAGCUCAGGAACCUCCAGUGGUUCGGAGAGAUCAACCGUAGAGGCUUUGUCAAGAUCACCAAGAAAUUGGACAAGAAGGUCUCCAAGUCGACGACGCAAGAGCGUUAUAUCACUACCAAGGUCGACCCCAAACCGUUUGCAAGGGACACCACCGUUGUGCGCCUCAUCAACGAGAUCAACAAAUGGCUUUCCGUGCUUGGCGAUGCCCAGAACGUGGACGAUGCCAAGUCAGAUAGGUCGGGACGAUCCGUCCGAUCGCUCGGAAGAGUGACGGCCAAAGCCAUGUUGAGCGUUCCACAGGGCGUCCUCGACGGGCUUGAGGGCUCAAUCCGCAAAGACGACGCGGCUGCCUUACAGAGCAGCUGGUGUUCCGUCAAGGACAACCUCGUGACAACUGAACAAGCAGCCCAGGAGAUAUUGCUCAACCUCUUACAGCGUUCUAUAACCACCCGGGCCAGAGCGUGUAUUGCCUAUCUCCUGCAGCAGGCAACAACUCUGGAUGAGCCGAGCGACCUCAACGAACGUAAUGCCAUACACCGCAUGGUGAUACACAUUGGCCGCACCAAAACGUCGUCCACGGCCGGAGAUCUUGAACCUAAUGCUGUUGCAUUCCCUAUGAGUUCCCACUACAAUAGCCAUUACGUCGCGCCCGCGCAGCCCAACGGCGUGAUGCCGAAUCGUGAACCCAAAGAAAAUCUGGAGAGUUCCGGUCUCUUGAACAAGGAUGACGAGACUGUUCAGAUUCUGUGUUAUGUGCUUGAAAAUCUCAAGCCGGAGCAACGCUCUGCGUUGUCCAGCAAGGACUCGCUGGGCCGCAUUCCCCUCCAUUAUGCUGCGCAGUACGGCUUCGUUGUGCUGUGCCAAGUCAUCAUGGCCAAGAUGCAAGAAUGGGGUCAAUUCAAUGUUGAUAACGGAAUCGAUGCUCCAGAGUGGCAGGACAAGGAAGGAAAUGCGCCAUUGCACCUUGCUGUCAUUGGUGGCCAUCCGUUGACUACCAAAUGUCUGUUACUUGGAGAGGACUGGCAAGGUCUUCACCACGUCAAAAACACUGGGCGACGAGCAGUAUCCCAGUCUAGUGCUGUUCUGGCAAUGGCUAGCAAGGCGAAUUACGUGGCCAUUGUCAGAAUGCUGGUAGAAGCAGGAGUCGACAUCAACUGGCAGGAUGAGACUGGUGAGACUGCGCUGCAUAUUGCUGCACGGUUCGGGCAUGUCGAGUGCGCCAAGGUCUUGCUGGAGGGCUCGGACGAGCAGAAAGCAAAUCUGGAGCUUACCGAAAAGUCAUUUGCGUGGACUCCUCUGCAUAUAGCAGCUGUCGAUGGCCACUUCACUCUGGCGCAGAUUCUGCUGGAUGCUGGUGUCGAUGCGUCAAAACCUGACUCGUUCGGUUGGACUGCCAAAGAGCACGCUGCUCUCAGGGGCCAUUUGCGUAUUGCCGAGCUCCUGGAACCUCAUACGGCCAUCGCCUCGCCAACGAACAGCUCAGAAUCAACAGAAACGUCGCCUACGUCCUCAUCCCCUCCUGAAACAUCGUCCCUUGAAGACAGAAAAUCAGAAGGCAGUACUAGGAUUGCAGACCCGGUCAAGUCUUUCGGCCAUCGUUACCUCAAAGAUACUAGCCUUGUCAUGGUAAGCUUGGGCUCGAUGGAUAUGCGAAAGGAUGUCGAAGCUGUCAAGCUUGACCGCGUUCCCCUCGCGGAUGCACAUACGAACCAACUUGACACGGCCUUGUCCAUUGUCGUUUCGGCGCAAGGGGCCAUCGGCGAGCCAACAACCAUAGACUUGCCAGUGCACGACAACAUCUCAACUGAGCCAAUCUUGUUCUCCAUCACGGACUCAGCAGAUGUCAAGCUGCUUUUCGAUAUUGUCCCGACAUAUUCCGGGAACGAGAAGAGCAAGGUUGGGCGUGCUGUAGCCUUGCUGUCUUCGGUCCGUCCUACAUUGGGUACGAGCCGAAUGAACCUCCAAGGUGACGUUUGUGUGCCAAUCAUGGGCGCAAACCUCGAGGUUAUCGGUGCCGUAAACUUCAACUUUCUGGUCAUCACGCCAUUCUCGCAUCCCAAUAUGGAGGUCAAUUCCCAGCAGACAUACUGGAGGAAGCUAUCUUCGACCAUGGUGUUCGGUCAUCGUGGGCUUGGCAAGAACUUCCUGGCGAACAAGUCGCUCCAGCUUGGUGAAAACACCAUCUCAUCUUUUAUUGCCGCAGCAAACUUGGGAGCUCACUAUGUCGAAUUCGACGUUCAGUUGACCAAGGACCAUGUUCCUGUCAUCUACCAUGACUUCCUGGUGAGCGAGACGGGAAUCGAUGCUCCAGUGCAUACCUUGACACUCGAGCAAUUCCUCCACAUCAACAAUGGAACGAGCAGCGGAUCCGGCGGAGACUCACCGGAGAGCCGGCGGAAUGAUACUAAUGGGAAUGGCGCCAAGAACGAGACCGGACCGAGACCGAGAGCAAUGUCUAUGGAUCUUGCCAAGGGCGUGAAGGAUACCCUCGACCUCGAUGAACGUAUGAAGUAUACUCUGAACUUCAAAAAGUCGGGCUACAAGGCCAACACGCGUGGCAACUUCGUCCAGGACCCCUUCGCCACUUUAGAAGAGCUCUUCAAGAAGGUACCCGAGAACGUGGGGUUCAACAUCGAGAUGAAGUAUCCCAUGCUUCUGGAGAGCGAGCAACAGCAUAUGGACACGUACGCGAUUGAGCUGAACUCGUUCUGCGACACCGUCUUGGAGAAGGUGUACGAUAUGGCCAAGAACCGGCACAUCAUCUUCAGCAGUUUCAACCCGGAUAUAUGCCUCUGUCUCAGCUUCAAGCAGCCCAGUAUACCUAUCAUGUUUCUGACGGACGCUGGAAGUGAGGAGGUCAGCGACAUCAGGGCGAGCAGUCUCCAGGAGGCGAUCCGUUUUGCCAGUCGAUGGAAUCUGCUCGGCAUCGUCAGUCAGGCGUCGCCUUUUGUGAACAGCCCGCGGCUCGUCAAGGUGGUGAAGCAGACUGGCCUGGUUUGCGUCAGCUAUGGGACGCAGAAUAACGAUUCCCUAUUGGUUCAGCGCCAAGUCAAAGAAGGCAUCGAUGCUGUGAUCGUGGACAAUGUCCUCGCGAUCCGCAGAGGGUUGACGAAUGAUAGCUAG